AUGUCUCCGCUGAGAAUCCCCUACACAAAACCUUUCCCGCCUGCCAUCAUCUUCCCCAAGACCGCCCACAGCGUCGCCGGCGCAAUCGACGCCAUCGUCGACUUCUUCACGGCCCCUCCCUCGCCCUUUCUGCAGGGUAUCGACGUCGGCAAAAAUGCGCAGACAGUGAUUCUGACGGGAGCCGGUAUCUCAGUCGCGUCGGGACUGUCGGAUUAUCGUGGCGAGAAUGGGACGUAUGUACGAAAUAAGUCGUACCGCCCGACUUAUUACCACGAAUUUAUCMCCCGCCAUGAAGCGAGGAAACGGUACUGGGCGCGGAGCUACGUCGGAUGGCCUGGAUUGCAAAAGGCGAAGCCGAAUUCAACGCACAAGGCGGUUGCAGAUUUAGGAAAGAAGGGCUACGUGAGCAAUGUGAUUACGCAAAACGUGGAUUCUUUUCAUCUUGUUGCCCAUCCAGAUCUGUCUACGAUUGAGCUGCAUGGUUUCUUACGAGGGGUCGUUUGUGUCAAUUGUCAUAAUUUGGUUCCUCGAGACGACUUUCAGCAGUCACUGACGCGGUUGAACCCGGCCUGGGCGGAUUUUCUUGGUGAAAUGUUGAAGUCGGGAGCGUUGGAUACUAAUAAUCCAGAAGAGCAGCGAAAACGGGGGCUCAAGAUCAAUCCUGAUGGUGACGUCGAUCUUCCCCAUGCGCCGUAUUCCAACUUUCGCUACCCGGCAUGUCCGCACUGUUUAGAGAAGCCACCUUCAUUGCCAGACAAUCAGAAGGCGGUCGUUGAGAUAGAGUCUGACGGCGCAUGGUCGCCGUCGUCUACGGCUGGGAUAUUGAAGCCGGCAGUCAUUAUGUUUGGCGAAUCCACGAGUCCCGCUGUUCGCAGUGCGGCGGAAGAAGCUAUCGACGAUGCUGGAAGACUGCUGAUCAUGGGCAGCAGUCUGGCGACUUAUUCAGCGUAUCGAUUGGUAGAGCGCGCGCACAAAAGAGGCAUGGCGAUUGGCAUCAUCAACGUGGGUGGUGUCCGCAAUGAGUCGCAGAUCUUCGGCAAUCUUCUCAACGAGCGAUAUCUCCAUAACCAUGUACGAUGUGACCAUAAAAGCGAGUCGGUGCUGCCUGAAGUGGUGUCACGGCUGCCUGUACUUAGUACUUAA